GCAGCUGCAGCUUCCUGGUUCCCAAACGCCCGGCCGCACGAGCUGCUCCUCCAGCUGCAAUCAGCAAAACAAGAGAAGCCGAAGCGGCCUUGCGCUUCCGCCUAGCUUUUCGUUUUCCCUGGACGAUGAUGAAGAGACGGAGACCCCACUGACCAAGCAGGCUCGGACGAGCCCGUCGUCCCACUUCUGGGACGACGAAGCGCCCCACGAACACAAUGACGCUUUUAUUUUGCAGGGAAGAGGCUACCACUUCGGCGAGGAGAAGUCGGAAAUGGCGACACCCGACGCCCAGGAGCACUUGUUUUCGGAGCAGCACUACUACUUCAGAGCGCAGUUUUCGAGCAAUAAUUCCACCAACUCAACAUCGAUGGUGAUGGAGGAGUUGGAUCAGUUGGCGACGACCCCUGCUCCGAUGCUGCCGCCUAGCGGCUUCGAGUGCAGCAACCGAAGCCGUGCAAGGAGCUCUACUCCUUCCAACCUCUGGUUGCGGAGGUUCAAGGAGCACUGCUCCUUCCAACUACCUGCGGUCCUCACUGAGGACAAGAAUCCAUCUUCGGGCAGCACUUCCUGUUAUUGUUCCGUCGCUGCGGGCGGGGUAGAACUAGAAGAUGAAAGAAGAAAAGGGCAGCAGUACGACUUGGCCUCCGUCCCAGAGUUGCUACCGCCAGAGUUGCUACCACCCUCCUCCUCCUCUGUCGCGUCGUCAUCGACCAGUCACCCGGUGUUCGAUUCAGACAUGCAUCCGGCCUUCGUAAGAAAUGUCUCAACAACAGCACCAGAUCCAGCAAAAGCAAGUAAUCUUGCAACGUUUUCCCUUUAUUCUGGAACGAACACUGUCGAAUCCGAAAAUCGGUUUCGAUCUUGUUCAGAAGGAACAAAAUUUACGGGAGCGGUAGCCGCGUCAUCGUGUGUACAACAAUCUGAUCAACCGUUGCUGCAAAAUUGCACCACGCAGCUUCGGGGCCUGCAGGAGGAGCUGGUUGAAAUUAAGAACAAGGUGAGGCUGCCUAUUCCGGCAAGGGUUUCACGUCUUGGAGGCGCCACUCCAGCACCGGUAGAUUAUAGCGCCGAUUCUGCAAUUAUCCCGGUUUUGGUUCUUCCCCCACAGGCCGCCGCACCGGCGCAUGAGGAAGACCCUUUCCCCUUGGGCGGCCAGGAGGUGCACGAUCACGCGGACCUCGAGGACGAUACAAUGUCGCGGCAACAUGCAGGAGCACGACUUGGUCUAGAGGAAUCACUGCUGCACACCAGCAAUCCUUCGUCUGUACUAGACGGCGAAAGUAGAAAAGCUGCGAGCCCUCUGAGCGACGUGCUAGCCAGGUCGGUUGCACUGCUAAGUACCACGAGAAAGGAUGCGCAGCCACAGCAAGGGGAAGGAGCAACCAAUUCGUUGCUCCUAACUGGGACUACGAGAUCCCCCGAAAGACUUGUUGAAGUAAAAAAUGGAACAAAUAUUGCCGAGGAUGACGAACGUCACCAGGGGUCGUGGUGCUCCUGA